AUGAAUCAAGGAAAGUUCCGGUGGUUAGCGAGCAUCGAGGAACUAGAUAAAAUAAGCCCUUUAGAAGAAACUUUUAAUGAAAACAAGAGAUCAUUAUCGAGUUUAGUGAUGGCAUCUUACAACAAGUCUUCUAUUCCAGCUAUUUCUCACAUAAGAAAUUCCGACACUAAAUUUCGCAAAUAUUUUUGGAGUCUUGCUUUACUCGUCACUUCAUGCGUGUGCAUCUAUGAAGUUCAUAAAUUUUUCUGCAUCUAUUUAGAAUAUCCUGUUAUAACUGAUUUGAAAAUUGAUUCAAAUUUAAAACUAAUAUUCCCUGCGGUGACUUUCUGCAAUUUGAAUAGAAUGAAAAGAGAAUAUAUGGAUUGUACAGACAAGUCUUUUAAGAAAUGCAUCGAAGGAAAGUUUUCACAUUCAGUGAGUAACCUGCUCCCGCAUCAUGAUAAAAUAUAUUCCGAAAACAAUGCAGAGUUACACAACGAUUCCGAUAAAACAUUUCCAGUAUAUGGUGGAACAAAUACAGAGAGAUUUGUCACUAAAUACAUGAAAUUAGACACAAGCAGCAAAAGGUGCUAUGGUCAUCUGUUUCACGAGUUAGUUCAAAAGUGUUCUUUCCAAUCAAAUCCAUGUAGCAAAACGGAGUUCAGUUACCAUCACAGUGUGCAGUUUGGAAAUUGCUACACCUUUAAUGCGAAUCCUAGGGAUUUAAUGGCCAUCACUGAAAGAGGUUCAACAGCUGGACUGGAAAUGGAUUUAAAUAUUCAUGAAGAGCAAUAUUUAGAUUUAACACAAUCUUCGGGUUUACGUUUGGUCAUUCACAAUCGAGAUGAACAACCCAACUUGGUCGAAAAUGGAAUAAACAUCAGCCCUGGUUUUGAAACUCAAGUAGCACUCACAAAAGUUUCACGUAAGAGGUUACCCAAACCUUUUAAGGAUGGCUGUAAAAAGUACGACUAUGAGACAACAGUUAAGAGUCAGCAUGACUGUAUCGUCUCGUGUAAGCAACGUUACAGUUUGUACAAGUGCUUUUGUACAGAUCCCUUCAUUCCGCACGCAGGAUUAAAGCCUUGUGAUUUAGGAAAUUUGGAAGAUAAGGAAUGCUUAAAUGAAGUAAUGAAUUCUUUUGUUGAAGGUAAUAUAACCUGUGACUGUCCACUUUCGUGUUCCUCUGAAACUUAUGAUUUACUAGUUUCGUCAUCUUCGUUACCAUCUGAUACAAACAGCAACGAUCCAGACGCUGCUCUCGGUAUGCUUGAAGCGAAUUGUACCUAUGACUACAAUCUGUUUAAAAAAUGGAUAAUUUUGGGUGAUGCAACUCAUUACAAUAAAUCUCUGAAAUUUCUCCCAAGUCGUGUCUCCCAUUUUCGGGAAAAGAGAAAUGUGAAUGCUUCGAAGUCUAAUUUAAAGUUGAAAGUUUACUUCAAAACUCUGGAUCAGAAAAUUUAUACGCAAAAAGCUAGAUAUUUAAAUUUUCAGUUGCUUGCACAUUUAGGUGGUUUCCUAGCUUUCUGGUUGGGAACGUCGAUUGCUGUAAUUUUUGAAAUGGCAGAAAAUUUUUUGAGACUUAUUCUCUAUUAUAUAAAAAUUUACAUUUAG